AUGAUGUUUUAUGUCUGUACCUGUCAAUCACCAAUAAAUACGCUUUGUUCCUCUUUUGUCUCUCGCUACCCUAGUUUUUUAAUCCCACAGCUUCCUUUAUUAAAUUUAUUUGCCUCCGUCUUUCCUUUCUUCCGCACUUUUCCAUUCCCCACCCAUUUCUCACUUUCCUUCUUCCUUUUCUUUAAUUUAUUUGUACAUUUUUUUUUUAUUUCACUUUAUGCUUUUUCUCUUUGUUUUUUUUUUCUUUCAUUUUCAUUGUUCCCGCUUACUUUCAUUCUCAUCGCCGACACAUCCUGCCGUUUUUCUACAAGCUCUUUUCUUUCUUUCUUUCUUUCUUUCUUUCUUUCUUUCUUUCUUUCUUUCCCUUACUACCUUCUUUCUUUCUUUCUUUCUUUCUUUCUUUCUUUCACUCCUUAUUGUCAUUCCUCUAUCUCUUCCGUUCUUUCUUUGAUUUUUGCUUGCUCACUUGCUAUAUUUCCCGUUUGGCAAACUAUUACAUUUCUUUCUUUCUUUCUUUCUUUCUUUCUUUCUUUCUUUCUUUCUUAA